ACUUUGGAUCCCUUGAAACAUAAACAAAACAUCCUCGUGAAACUGAACAGCGGACCGGUGCAAUAACAUAGAGGCUGCCUGAGUAGGCAAAGUCUCUGGAAACUCACAAAACCUGAAAAAUGCUGGCCGUACUCGCGCAACCGGGUGUGGACAACACUGGAAUGUAUCUUGUGCUUAUGCUUAUAAAGUUCGGACUAGACGCAGCAGUAAUGUAUUUAUGCACCAGGAAGCUGUAUACCUCUUUUUUAAGCAUGUGCAGCCUGUCCAUCUUCUUGGCUGACUUUGUCAUGGUGUUCUUAGUAGCAAGCAUGUUGUUUCUUGGGCCUGAAACGUGUCACGUGUCACUCUGUUUAAUCUUCGCCAAUGCGUCUGUGACAUAUGGAGUGCUGCCGCUGCCCAUGAUGUGCCUGGGUUUAUUGGACUACGUUUUAGAAGGUACCUACCUUGGAAGGCAGAGCGCCACGUGCAAAUUCAUAAGGAACUCGGUUUGGUUAUUGCUGAUGUGGAUGAUUGCUAUUUACCUAACCUUUGGUUCUGUUGAUUCUGAUCUAAAGGGAAAGAGUUUUGAGAUAGAGAAUAAGGCUCUAGUGUGUGAAGUAGAGGAGUCUGCGCUGAUAACCUACUCUAUUUUAGUGCUUUUCUCAGCUGUCAUUUUUACAUUGCUGCCCUUUUGGUCAAAAAUUCCCCAGUGGGUGAAACAGGCACAUAAGUUAUCUGAAGCGAGGGACGAACCAGACAACCAGAGCAGCGACUUGUUGUUCACCUCAACCACCUACGCGGAGACAAAAAGCAGCAAGGAAUAUUAUCUGGAGGAACCUGUCCAACCGGGCCCGCCUCUGUGGCUCACCUUCACACUGGGCUUUGCUUUAUUUUGGAUGCCUUAUCUCAUCUGUUCCGUGGCGUGUCUGAUCUUGGACUUUGGAGUACCUGCUUACAUCACUGUAAACCUUCUGUGGUUGGAGUGUAUGAACAGUUUACUGGUGGGUCUGGUGUUCUGGAUAAAUAGCAAGACGCAAGGACCAUACAGCAAUCUCCCAGAAAAUAUUUGCUUGUGGCAAGUUUAUUGGCAGCUAAGCAAAGGAACACAACAGCAGGAACUCCAAGUAGCUGUGUGUAACCAAAUACAAUUAAAGAGAACUGGGCCACCAGAUAGCUCAGUGGUUAGAGCUGGCACAUAUGCAUAAACUGCUGCCUAGAAAAAGCUGGUCUGAAUUCUAAGCAAGCCGAACAUUCAGGCAAUGUCGACUCGAUUAAUGUCUAAUAAAGGCCCUCUCAGGACAAACUGUAACUGCAAAAACUCGAAAUGGACAUGUGACUGGACUUAUAAAUAUGUAUGGACUUACAAAUAUGUAUGUUUUCUGAAGAGUUGGGAUACAAUUUUUUAUGAAAACUAUGAUGAUAAUUAUGAUAAAGUUUUGUAAAU